UCUUGCCUAACUACAAAUUCGCAACCCCUCCACGUCACACCAAUCACCCACCAAUCACCGUUACUACUUCCCAUUGCAAUUUUGGAUGGAUACUAUCUUUUGUACUGAACAGUCCAUUUGGGCCUAGAAGGAUUAUCUAAUCUCGCCAUGUGUCCUCACACGGAGCCUACAUUGGUGCUGGACCCCGCCAUGUUAAUGGACUCAACAUUAUCGGACGAGGAGGGCUCUGAUUAUGAGUACGAAUACGAUGAGAAUGAGACGGAGACCUUCUAUCUUAACAUCGACCUCACCUCCUCUCAUGGCCCCAUCCGACCCUCUCGACGACGUGCAGACCUCGUGACGGACCCUUCAUCAGUUGCGGCUGCUUCAAGUCUAUCAUCUGUCUCCGUCCACCCUUUCCGAAACGAUGAGAAUGAGUCGGCUCUAGCAAGCACCGAGCCUGACAAUAGCCCUGCAGACGGGUUCCAAAUCCUAGGCCUUCAUACCCACAAUCCUGUCGUCUCAUAUCAGAACCAAAUAUUCAGCUGCUCCUGGGCCGAUCAAAUUGGCACCGAAUUACACUUCACGCGACCUGAGCCGGAACCUCAACUUGGACCAGGGCCAGAACCAGAAGCGGCAGCUACCCGAGUUGCUCCUUUAAAGCUUGAUAAAGCCUUCAGCCUCAUCGCCGCUAACAAUGUCAAGAUUCUAGGGCGCAGAGCGAACCUUAUCUCCAGUGCAGGCCCUGUUCAGCACUCACUUUACUCAGGUGAUGCACUAGACAUGACGGGAGGGGCAAACCGCAGAGUGGGUCCUCAAACAAACCAAGCUCUGUUUUUAGAGCGAUUGAGGAGCAUCAAGCAAGCCAGAGGGGAGAUAGACACUGUCCGCACCGUUUUCAGUCUAAAACGAGCUCAGAAUCUCGAAGAGCGCUUGCGCGGUUGGGCGCGGACAGAAGAGCAAUUGGCCGAGAUUCAGCAACUUAACGAUGCCGCGCUUCAAGGAAAUUCCGACGCCAUAGCAGAACUAGAGAAUAUCUACAAUCAACUUGGUGCUCAGGACCCUGCGUCAUUCGAAGACUCGUUUCAACAACGUUGAGAUUUGAGAAUGCUCCAAAGUGGACAUCUUAUGAACCUCUAAAACCCUACCAAUAAGGCCAUCACUAGUGAAUAUCGUACGUUACGUUACGUUUACUCGCCGAACCAGCAAUUUAAAACAAGCCAUAUGCGGGGUUUACUAUACCACAUGAGAUAUACACACCUGGCC